AUGGAGGUGAAGGGAGUGGGGAUAGGGAAUGACGAGGAAAGACAAGGGAUCGGGGUGCCGAUGGAGCAGUCAGUAAGCGGUUAUAUUGUAGAAAUUCCGGAAGUGGAACCUGAGAAGCGGCAUGAGUAUUGUAUCUACAAGGUUCCCCAGAAACUCCGUGACGUAAAUGGUGAUGCCUACACUCCAAAGCUAAUUUCAAUAGGCCCUUUUCAUCACUGCAAUGAAAAUUUGAAGAAAAUGGAAGAGUUAAAAUAUAGAUAUUUCAGGGAUGCCUGUGAUCGGACGAAUAAGAAAAAGGCGGAACUUGUAGGACGCAUCAAGGAAAUCAAAUACGAGAAGAUCUUUUAUUGUUAUGCAGAUCUAGAGGACACUGACGUCAAAGAAGAUGAAUUCAUGACAAUGAUUCUUUUGGAUUCUAUUUUUAUCAUUGAACAGUUGUGGAGGACUGUAGAAAACCCGCCAAUGGACCCACCAGCAAUGACUACCAUUUCUGAAAAGUGCUUCUCCAUGAAUACUUUUUCCAAUUCUGGAAAAGUUCCGGUUUUGUUCUCGAUUCUGAUUACGAGAAGAUAUUCUCUGAAUCUAAAAUGUGGAAAAACUUUUGAACGUGUACCUUGUGCAACCAAGCUGUCUGAGGCAGGAGUGGAAUUCAAAGUCAGCAAAUCCAAGACUAGACGCCUUCUUGACAUUCAAUUUCGAAAGAGUAACUUAUUGAAAAUUUGUCCAUUUUUAAAUAUGUCAUGGUUCUUGAGUUGCUUUCCUUGCUUUCCUCGCUUCAAAUGCCUGGAGAACAUGCAUCCUGUCUUGGAACUCAAAUCCUUUAUAAUAGGGUAUGAAACUGAAUGUGCUGUUCGAAACCUCAUGGCCUUAGAGCAGUGCCAUUAUCCACGGGAAGCUUACAUAUGUAAUUAUAUUAUAUUGUUGGAUAAUCUUAUUAACACUGAAGCAGAUGUGGAUCUACUUGUUGAGAAAAAAGUUAUUGUUAACUGGCUAGGCGACAAUAAGGCAGUGGCAACUCUGAUCAACAAACUUCGCGAACAAAUUGUAGAAGCUAAUCAUUCCUGCUAUGGGGAACUCAGUAAAAACAUUCAAGGUCACUAUGACAACGUUUGGAGCAAAGUCAUGGCAUCCUUUACAACUCUAUAUUUCAAAGAUUUUUGGAGAGGGACAGCAACUGUUGUUGGAAUCAUGGCCCUGUUUUUCAGUUUCUGGAGUUUCCUUAAGCCUUUUGUCUUUCCCACUUGA